UAAAAAAAAAAAAAAGGAGAGAGAGAGAUAGAGAGUGAGAUAGGGAGAGAGAGGAGGAGAGCUCCGUCUUUCCCGGCGCACUUGGCAGUCUAGUUGUGGGCUGCUGCGCUGUUGCUGUCGUGGCGUGGCUGGUCGCGCCAGGCGGGGGAACUUCACCACACUGGAGCCCGGAGUCCCACUCUCUCACCUGCGCAGUUCGGAGCUGUCAUGGCUCUCUCGCCAGGAUUGACUGUCCUAAUUAUCCUGCCGGCCUUCUUGCUGCACACCAGCGGCCUUUAUAUCGCCAGUAGCGUUGACUCCCUUCAGCACAUCCUGGGGGACUAUGGACUGGUACGGCCGAUCAGUGUGGAUGCAGAGGGCCACUUUCUGUCACAUGCCGUCUCAGCUGGUCGCGUGGCAGUGGGGCAGUCCCGUAGGCGCCGGAAGAGGGAGGUAGGAGAAGGCAACAAUCAGUGGGAAGGACCUCAAGGAGCCGAGGAGAACCAAGAUCACCAAGCCAGUCAGGAAAGGCUUUACUACAAUGUCACCGUCUUCGGCCGGGAGUUUCACCUGCGCCUGCGCCAAAACACCAGGCUGGUGGCUCCCGGAGCCAAGAUGGAGUGGCACGACGACAGUGACAGCAUCCGGUACUCCGAGCCUCUGCACAAUGAGUGUCUGUACGUGGGGGACAUCACAGACACGCCAGGGGGCACCGUGGCUCUCAGCAACUGUGACGGCCUGGCUGGUCUGAUCAGGACAGAGAAAGAAGAGUUCUUUAUUGAACCGGUGGAAAGGGGCGAUGGAGUAAUAGAAAAGGAUGAGGACGGCGGAGGAGGGAGGACACACAUCAUCUAUCGCUCGUCAGCUGUUAAGAAAGUGCCCAUCAGCAGCCCAGCGGCAGACUACCACUCCAGAGGUGCAGAUCUGGGUGGUCUGAUGGACCUGGAGUCUUUGUACCGUGGUGUGCAGCAAAGCAUUAACAACACACGUGCUUCAAGAGUGCGCCGGCAGAGUCUGGACAGAGCCUACAACAUUGAAGUGCUGCUGGGAGUCGACGACUCUGUGGUCCAGUUUCAUGGGAAGGAGCAUGUCCAAAAGUACCUGCUGACACUCAUGAAUAUUGUGAACGAGAUCUACCAUGACGAUUCCUUGGGAGCAAAAAUCAAUGUUGUGCUGGUGCGGAUAAUCAUGCUGGGCUAUGGCAAGUCUAUGAGCCUGAUUGAACUUGGGAACCCGUCUCAGAGUCUGGAGAAUGUGUGUCGCUGGGCCUUUCUGCAGCAGAAACAAGACACAGGGGAUGCGGAGUAUCACGAUCACGCCAUUUUCCUCACACGCCAAGAGUUCGGCCCAACGGGCAUGCAGGGUUAUGCUCCAGUGACGGGGAUGUGCCAUCCUGUGAGAAGCUGUACUCUGAACCACGAGGAUGGGUUUUCUUCAGCCUUUGUUGUGGCUCAUGAAACCGGGCAUGUGCUUGGAAUGGAGCAUGACGGUCAGGGAAACCGCUGCGGAGAUGAGGUGCCCAUGGGCAGCAUCAUGGCUCCUCUGGUGCAAGCUGCCUUCCACAAAUUUCAGUGGUCUAGAUGUAGCAUGCAGGAGCUGGGACGCUUCCUUCAUUCCUAUGACUGUCUCCGGGACGACCCAUUUGACCACAACUGGCCAUCGCUUCCUCAACUUCCUGGUUUGCACUACUCCAUGAAUGAACAGUGCCGCUUUGACUUUGGUGUGGGCUACACCAUGUGCACCGCGCUACAAAAGGCGGGCCGGUCAGGAUCGCAGUACCGUACAUACGACCCCUGCCAGCAGCUGUGGUGCAGUCAUCCAGACAAUCCGUUCUUCUGCAAGACCAAGAAAGGGCCCCCCAUUGAUGGCACCAUGUGUGGGAAUGGAAAGCACUGCUUUAAAGGUCACUGCAUCUGGUUGACUCCUGACAUCAUGAAGCAAGACGGAAACUGGGGCUCGUGGAGCGAGUUUGGCCAGUGCUCACGCACCUGUGGAGGAGGAGUGCAAUUUCGCACCAGAAACUGUAACAAUCCCAGUCCAGCCAAUGGUGGCCGUACCUGUAGAGGGACCCCUUACCAGUUCCAGAUGUGUAACACCAAUGAGUGUGAGGACAUCUACAGUGAUCCGAGGGAGGAGCAGUGUCAGGCCUCGGAGUACAGCAACAAGCACCACUGGCUGCCUUAUGAACACCCAGAUCCUAAAAAACGCUGCCACCUGUAUUGCCAAUCAAAGGAAACCAGAGAUGUGGUCCUCAUGGAGAAACUGGUCCUGGAUGGCACACGCUGCUCGUACAAAGACCCUCACAAUGUGUGUGUGCGUGGAGAGUGUGAGAAGGUGGGCUGUGAUGGCGUGGUGGGCUCCUCGAAGCAGGAGGACAAGUGUGGAGUGUGUGGAGGUGACAACUCCAGCUGCGAAACCUUCAAAGACAUAAUCAUGCGGACUGCUAAAAAGCAAGGGUUCCUUAAAGUUCUUGAAAUCCCCAGAGGAGCAAGGCAUUUACUGAUUCAGGAGCUGAAUGCCACCUCACACACUAUUGCUGUUAAAAAUGUGGCAUCAGGACUGUUUUUCCUAAAUGGGGAAAAUGAAUACCCAGAGUCCCGCUCUGUUAUAGAGAAGGGUGUGAAAUGGGAGUAUGGGAUUGAUAACGACAAGGAAACCCUUCAGAGCACAGGGCCUCUCAGACAUGGGGUUCUAAUAAUGAUGAAAUUGCAUGGAGAUGAGGAUGUCAUUUUGUCCUAUAAAUACACGAUGAAUAUGGAUGGUGAUUCGACUAUUUAUGACAACAUGCUGGUAGAAGACAGUGCCUACGAAUGGGCUCCGAAAAAGUGGUCCUAUUGCUCCAAAGCUUGUGGUGGAGGGAAGCAGUAUUUGCGAUAUGGCUGCAGAAGAAAAGUUGACAGCAAGAUGGUUCAUAAAAGCUUCUGUAACAAGUCCAACAUGAAGCCCAGAGGAGAUAUUAGGAACUGCAACCAGAAGCCCUGUCCUCCACCCAUCUGGGUGACAGGAGAGUGGCAGAACUGCAGCAAAUCCUGUGGUAAGACUGGGAUGCAAGUACGCUCCGUCACCUGUGUUCAGCCUUCGGAGGACAACACAACACGCCUCAUUCACAAUAAGCACUGCAGCGAUGACCGUCCAGAGUCCCGCAGGUCCUGCAACAGACAUCCCUGCCCUACGCAGUGGAGAGUUGGUCCCUGGUCACAAUGUUCAGUGACAUGUGGAAAUGGGACGCAGCAGAGGCAGGCACUGUGCCACACCAGAGACAACACCAUUGGACUCUGUCUAGACAGCAAACCUGAUACCAUAAGAGUUUGUCGCCUGGAACCAUGUCGCAAGGGCUCAUCAGACCUUAACAAGAAUGGCAACAUUCUGAUCCAGUGGCUUUCCCGGCCCAACCCAAACUACCCCCGGAUCUCAUCACGUAAAACCCCCCUCUAUAGCUCCCAGCCCAGCCUUCACAUCGACAGCAUGUCUGUCCUCUGCUGGGCCCUGCCCAUCUCUGUCCUCCUGUCUUUGCAGGGCCGGCCCCGGCUGGCCCCCUGACCUGCCCUUCCUGCUGCGCCUUGUGCCUGUGCCCACGCCCGUGUGAGCGAGUGGCAAACCUUUCGCUUCUCUUCUGGGGGGGGAUGUUGUCUCUCUCUCUCUCUCUGUGUCUGAGGCGGCUCUGACCGGGGGAGGUCUCUGGCUCCUGUGUGUGCUAGUUGGUUCUCUCUUGCUCUGUCUCUCUUUAUCUAUCUCUCCACUGUGGAGCAUUGUGUUGUAACCCCUGGCCAGUCGAAAACUUAAAAGAUCAACAAAAAAAAUUUUGGUGUGAAAAGGAUUCGAAGUGGCAAACGGGUUUUCACUGACACCUCCUGUGAUGUGACAAAGGGCCGUUCAUGUGUAAGGGAACCCCUUCUCUGCAUUCGGUGGCCGUGAUUUGCGCGAGCUCGCUGCGUGUUGUUAUGGGUUACCACACCUGUGACGCAGCAGGGCUUUUCUGUUCUUGAUUUAUUCUUUUUUUUUUUUCUUUUUGUAGCGCACAGUUCGUGUGGGAGAAAAGAGAUGUGAAAAUAAUCAGAAAUGGUAUAUAAAUAUAUCUAUAUAAAAAAUAUUUAUAUCUUAAAAAAAUGAAAGCUUUAUUGUGAAUGUGAUCUGAGGACAUAUUUGCUUAAGUGCUCAUCUUGACAUCUCAGUUCCAGGUGGGGAUGAAAAUGGAGCUCCCAUUUCAGAUUAACAGGAACUCAGCACAGGGACAUGAAGUAAUGGGAUCCUCUUUUUGGGAGUGAUUUUAUUUUUGCAAAGUUGAACUGGGUGGUGAAAAACUGUGAAGGAUGAUAAGAAAAAAAAGAAUAAUAAAAAAAAAAAAAACAGGGUAGUUUGACCACUUGAGGUUGCUUCCCAUUCCACCUCAUCAUCAGCCAUCCUCUCUUUGACUGUUAUACAAAAGUUCAAUAAAUGCAGCUUAUUUGUGCUUGCAGACUUUAAACAAAUACAUCUAUAAAUAUAUUUGUAUUUAUAUAUAUCUAUAAAUCUAAAUCUAUAUAAGUACCAAUAAUAUUAAUAACAUUUUACCAUGAAUAAGCUGUAGCUUAUUUGCCUAAAACCUUUGGACUGCUAUUGAUCGCUUAGAUCCUUGACUGUUAUGUGUAUUUUUUUAAAUAAUUUUACAUGAAUACAGAUAAAUAUUUAAUAAAAGGCAAAGUGUUUUGUGGGAGAACGGGUUCGACCCAUAUUAUGCAGGACUUGGUCAGUUAGUUGCCUCUCCAUUCGCUCAGAUGGAUCAGUGGUGUUACUGUUGCUUCUUGUUUUUCUUUCAGGAUAGGAUCACCUUUUGUCAUGCACAUUUGCAUCUAUCACCUGGAUGUUUGGACACGUGCUUGUGCGAGCGUGCAUCUGUCACUGUGCGCAUCCACGAGUGCAUGUGCAUAGGGUGGAUGUGCAUCCCGUCAUGUGUGAGUGUGUGCGCGUGGGUGCUAAAUCAUCUGGGCUUUUAACACACUGCGAUCAGAUACAGAAAUACCUCAUAAACUUUGAUUUUGAGAGAGUCGGGUGGUCUCACUUUUUUUUUUUGGUUUUUGUUUUUUUUGACGAACAUUAACCACAUGAACAAUGCCUUAUCUUGGAUUGAAUGUAAUGGCAUUUAUCUGUGAAAGAGAUGGCUUUACUCAUUCAAAGUUUCACUCGGAAUAGAGGCAGCUUCAAACCAACUUUUAAAAAAAACUCACACCCGCCAACCAUCAUAACCUACGAGGCUGAUGUCGGACCAGUGUCCGACUACCGGAAAGGAUUUUCAAAGGGCCUAGGGUACUGACACAUAUGGCAUCUUGGAAAACAAAAAAAAAAGAAAAGAACACUUCAGACUUGUCAUUGUAUUGUGAUCACAUAUUUCUGUUGUGACUAUGUAGCGAGCUAUCCAAGGUUUCCUUCUGCUGGAGUUGGACUGUAAGAGACCAAGCCAGACCUAGCAGUGCGAUACUGUAUAUAAAAUUGGUGUUGACUGUAUUUAAUAAUGUUCAUGACUGUUAUCUUCUUCUAUAAUAUUCUAUACUAUGGGUAACUGUUUUGUGGCUUCACUGGCCUGCUGCGUUGGGCUGGCUAAUGUUCGAAGAAACAUUCAGAUGGACUACGUGCACUGCGUCUAUAUGCACUUUGAUUUAUCAGGGAAAUUUUAUUAAUGUUUUGUAAAUGUUUCAUAUGACACUUAAUGUGCCAUUCCAGUUUUUACAUCAUCAUGAAAAUUAUGUAUUUUCUUUAAAAAGCAAAUAUAAUUUAUGUACUUCAUGUUUUCUUUCUCAGUCAAUUAACAGAUUGACUUGUUGAUUUUCAAGUAAUCAAGUGUUUUACCAAAGUGACUGUGAACUUGUAACUUUCGAUACAGUUGAAUUAUUUUUCUUAAGUAAAAAAAAAAAAAAACUAUAUAUCUAUAUAAUGAGCUGGAGGUGGAGGCAUACAUCUCAUUGUUUCAGUUCCUGUCAUU